AUGAAAUUCGGACAAGAUUUCCAAGCAGCCCUCAAUAGGGAUGAAUAUCCGCGACAGUGGAUCGAUUCCGCGAUAUCCUACAAAAAGCUCAAAAAAUGUAUCAAGCGCGUUCAGCAAGAGCUCGAAAGCCUUGGUUUGGAUAAAGAUACCCUCAACGAGCUCUGGCAGCAUGUCGGGUCCAGUUCCAACGAUAAAGAAGGGGUAUCCGCUGACAUGAGGCUUCAAUAUUCCUUGAACGUAACUGGGAAUGUUAAAUUUACCCCGAGGCUGACCAUUGCAAUUGAUCCAAUUGACGGAUCACCUAUUGAUGCCUGGCUAAGUAAGGAUACCAAAAGGGUCCUUCAGCGUCUAGCGAAAUCAUCGACAACCGUCGACAAUUCCUCAGGCGUCAGGAACAAUUCUGUAGCUGGUCAAUCGGAUAAUCUGGGCUCCGCUGGUGAGAAUGACCAGUCGCGGUCCGAUGGAGAUCAUGGCACGAACAUAGACGACCCAGGCCAUGACAACUCAAAUGGCAGAGGCGAUCAUUUGGAGACCAUCGAAAUUCCUUUGACUUCCGACUCCGAAUUCUUUCAGAUCCUACGGCGAGAGCUCGCAGACCUAGACAGAGUUCAGCAAUCCGAGCGACACCGCCUGGAACAGGAAAUUGUCAAACUAGGCCACGAGCUUCGGGAUUUGAAAGCAAGCAAGUCCAAAAAAUCCAAGCAGGAAAUUGAAGCAUGGAGGCAGAUUUUGGAGCUCUACUCCGAUGCUGAAGUGUUCUUGUCUUCCCACGAAGCAGAUGCUGGAUCCCGUGAUUACACACAUGCCCAAGAGCAUUUCCAAACCUUCAACAAGACAUUAGCCACGCAGCGGAAUGGGGUAUUGAAGCUGAGCAAGCCAGCAGCAGACUCUUUGGGCCGGUUCCUCAAUAUCAAUGUUAAGCUGCUUCGCUUGAUGAAGUUCCAAGAUAUCAAUCGGACAGCAUUGUCCAAAAUCAUGAAAAAGUUCGAUAAACGAACCGCGCUCCAUGCGCAGUCUUCCAUCCAGAGUUCACUCAUUACUGCUCCUUAUCUGGCGCAGGAUCUCGCCCGAGCCACAUGUUUCACUAUCUCGGAAGAGAUUCUGAACGUUAUACCUGCGCUGAACGAUUAUCUCUGCCCGGUGUGUUUUACAAUCUCCUGGAAGCCUGUCAGGCUGCGCUGCAAUCACAUUUUCUGCAUUCGCUGCAUCAUCGUACUUCAAAGACGCGGGAAGACACAUUGUCCUCUAUGCCGUGAGUCGGUCGUCAUGGAAGCCACUGCUGAUAACGUUGACCGGGAGCUCAUGAAGUUCUUCAAAGACAACUUCAAAGCUGAUGUCAAGCAGAAGCAGAGAGAGAAUGAGCUUGCGGCGGGAAUUGAUAGAUGGGGUGCGCAAUACGAACAGUCGCAGAAGUGCGUCAUCAUGUAG